AUGGCACCCAAUCUGUUUCUCUGCCUUCGGACAGUAUUCUGUCCACUCUACUGGUUCCAGCGUGGCGAGCGCAUCGAUGGUUCGCUCCACAAGGAGGAACACUGGGACAGCCCCGUUCCUGGAACCUACAAGUACACGCCAGGCCACGGGUGGCAGUUAAUCCGCCGUGACGACAGCGACAGUGACGAGAAGACGCCCGUCUCUCUGGUAUACUGCCGCAUUCUCCACCGCUACCUGUUUGACUACGAGAUGGAGGAGAGGUGUCUUUGGCACACCGUCACUCACCGCGAAGGGGUGCCGCCAGAGCGGUUCAUGUUCUUCCUCCUGGAUGACGGAUACACCUACGUGGCCGGAUGGGACGCCAGGGGCAGGUUUAUCCCAGGCCCCUACCAGAAGUGGUCCUUUGACUCCGACACCAAAACCAUGACCCGGAUGACCUCGACCACCAGCUCGGCCAACGUCUCCCGGUGCAGCAGUAUCAUUCCGGAGAAAUUAAACUAG